AGAGCCAAAAUGGUGCCCAUAGUUAGCUCGUGAAGAACUACUUGGGAGGGAUAAGUAGAUAUCCAAUGAAACAGCGAACAAAGGCAAGAAGACACAGGAAAUAACGUUCACACGCCUGUUUAUUGUUGGAAGUUGUUUUGUUUUACCGACGUCUCACAGCAGCUACAGCUAUCUAGUAACGCGAGAAACAAAAGCUAGUCAGGUAUGCGCCUUUCUUAAAUGGCCAGUUAGCUACUAAGACAUUUCUAAGUGGACUUGGGCUGACAGCAUAACUAACGCAAGGAUGGCUCAGUGGGACAGACUGAGGCAGCUGCCUGCUGUGUACAGACAGCAGUUACAUGAGCUCUAUGACAGGGAUGCUUUGCCUAUGGAUGUAAGGCACUACCUGUCAACCUGGAUAGAGAAGCAGGAGUGGCGACGAGCAGCACGGGACCAUGAUUUGGCUGUGGUGCUGUUCCAGGUCAUGUUGGAAAAUCUGGAUAUCCAACACAGCCGCUUUGUCCAAGAGGAGUCAUUCUUACUGCAGCACAACAUUAGACGCUAUAAACAGAACUUUCAGAGGUACCUGGAUGACCCAUGUGCCUUGGCAAGCACAAUCCUGUGGUUUUUGGAAAAAGAGAAGGAAAUCUUGCAGAGUGCUGAUCUGGCUGAACAGGUCCAGUUUUUGUGUGUAGAGCAGGAAGCCAUGGAGACAAGCAGCCAACAGGACCUUGAACGUAAAAUGGCUGGCCUCAGGAAUGAAGUGCAGUGCAUGGAACAUACAAUAUUAUGUCUGGAGGAGCAGCAAGACGAGUUUGAUUUUAAAUACCAAACUCACAAGAUGGAAGCUGUGGUAGAUGAGGCUGUGAAGAAAGAAAAAAUUCAAUUUCUUCAGUUACUUGUCAACAGACUGAAUGAAUGUAGAAAGAGCACAUUGUCAGACCUAAAUAAACUCCUGGACAGGACUGAGGACCUGAUUGACAUAUUGGUGAAGAAGGAGCUGGUGGAGUGGCAGAGGAGGCAGCAGAAAGCCUGCAUCGGUGCUCCAGACAAUAUUUGUUUGGAUCAGCUAGAGAAGUGGUUCACCUGUGUGGCAGUGUGUCUGUUCCAGGUGCGGGAGUUUCUUGGUAAACUCGAUGAGCUGGUUGGAAAAGUGUCCUAUGACAAUGACCCGGUGAAGGCCCAAAAACCCAUACUGCAGCGCAGAGUAGCUUCUCUUCUAAAAGACUUACUCAAGAGUUCCUUUGUAGUUGAGACUCAGCCAUCCAUGCCUCAGGGGAAAGGACCCCUGGUGCUCCGCACAAAUGUCCAGUUCUCUGUCAAGACCAGACUUCUUGUUAAGUUUCCCGAGCUGAACCACUCCAUGAAAGUGAAUGUGUCCAUGGACAGGGAGGCUCCUCAGAUCAAAGGAUAUCGCCGUUUUAAUGUUCUGGGAACCAAAACCAAGGCCUUGAACAUGGCAGAGAGCCAGAGUGGAGGCAUGGUGGCAGACUUCAGACAUCUGACUCUGAAGGAGCAGAAGUCUGGAGGUGGCGGCAAAGGAAUCAGUGAUAUUUCUCUCAGCGUUACAGAGGAGCUGCACAUCAUCUACUUCGACACUGUAUUUGAGCUGAAAGGCUUGUUGGUUGAGUUGCAGGCCUCCUCCCUCCCGGUGGUCAUCAUCUCCAACUCCAGCCAACAGCAGAGCGCCUGGGCGUCUGUCCUCUGGUUCAACAUGCUCAGUCAGGACACCAAGGAUGUCAUGUUCUUUGCCAACUCUCCUGCAGCCUCUUGGCCGCAGUUUGGAGAGAUGUUGAGCUGGCAGUUUCUCUCUGCCACUAAACGUGGACUUAAUGAUGCUCAGUUGGAAAUGAUUGCACACAGACUCUUUGGAAAGAAGCAGAACUAUGACACCUGCAAAGUAGCUUGGCCAAAAUUUUGCAAGGAAAAUACUCCUGACACUUUCUGGGUGUGGUUUGAUGGCAUUUUGGUGAUGGUGAAAACAUACCUUGAAGACCUGUGGAGGGAUGGCCACAUCAUGGGUUUUGUGAGCAAAGGCAAAGAGAAGUCCCUCCUGAAGAAAAAACAGAGAGGCACGUUCUUGUUGCGCUUCAGUGAAAGUGUCAUUGGAGGAAUCACCUUCUCUUGGGUGGAAACCACCAUAAAUGGUGAGCCUGAUGUGAAAACAGUCCAGCCUUUCACCAAAGUUGACCUUUCCCAGAUUCCCUUCCAAGAAAUCAUCAGGAAUUUCCAGAUCUUAGAAGCUGAAAAUAUCCCAGAAAAUCCUCUACUUUACCUAUAUCCCAACAUCCCUAAAGACGAGGCUUUCGGAAAAUACUAUUCUGAGAAGAGUAGAAAUGACAGUUCUUACAUAAAGUACAUCAAAACCAAGCUGGUGUUUGUUUCAAAGGAGAACACAAUGGAGGCUAGGUCACCCAUGUCCUCUGACAUGGCACAGGGUGAAGGCCUGGAGCCAAUGAAUGGCCUGUGUGGAGAGGCAGCUGAACAAAACGGGAAUCCUCAUCCUCUGAAUUCACCUGUGGAAACUUAUGACCCUGAUCCCAUGCUGUCUGGGUCUGUUGCAGCCAUGGAUGACGAUUUACUGAUGUAUCUCAACAACCCCAGCCUCUUUGUUGACUCUGACAUCUCGGUACUGCCUGAUUUAAAUCUUCCAGGAUUUAACUGCCUGCCCCCACAAUCCUGUGGAAGCAUUUUCCAAUAAGUCUCUGUUGUGUAUAUUCAACCAAAUCACGGUAUCAUUCAUCGUCAGCUUUACUUUUAGCUACUUACAUUACAACAUCCAUGUCACAAAUUUGUAGCAUACGUAGCAAAUCUAGUGUUAACAUAAUCGUUUGCUUUGAAUACUGUUUUAAUCUGAAAUACCUGACAGCCACUCUGCUAAUCCUGACAGUCAGCGUUUGAGUGCUUGUGUGCACUUUGAAAUCAUUAGUGUAUAACUUUUUAUAAUUCCCUUUUAUCGUGUUGUUGUAAAAAUGUUCCAGUGAGACUAUUUUAAGACACAAAAGAGAGAGAAUUUAAUUAGUUGGACCUACAUCCACUCCAUUACUGUCUUAGGCACCUGUACUGGACCCCUCAACUAUCAUGCAUCAUACUUUGAAUUUUGAGACCCUGUUAUUUUAAGAUAAUACAUCUAAGGAAUGCUAUGAAACUGACAAUUUAAGCUGUUUUUUUAUUUGUAGAGUACAUUGCGCAAACUGCACAUAAUUUAUUGUUUUAAUGUUUGUUCUGAGUCCCUUUGUGGUUGUUACAAUUUUGCCACCUACAACUUGAGAUAAACUACUGAAACAUGGCACUUCCUCCCUUUUAAGUUGUGCUUUUAUAUUAACCUGCUCAUUUAAAUUAAAAUGUAAUGUUAUCACCAAUAAAAGGGAAAUGACAAUGA